AAAAUUUUUUUUUUAACAUUUAUACCUAUUUUACGACAACUUUAUACAAAUAAUUAUAACAAAAUUAUUUAAUAUAAGUAUUAAAUAUAAAUAAAACAAACAACGUCAUGUAUGCUCCCAUGCAUAGCAUGUCAACUGGAGAUCCACACAAUCGCUGUUGCGCUGGUCGCGCCUGGUGUGUUAAGGAUAUAUGUGGAGUUUUCUGUGCCGUUCUUACAUGGCUGCUAAUCCUAUUCGCUGAGUUUGUUGUAAUGCGCGUCAUUUUAUUACCAAGUCCACAUCCAGUAUUUAGUACAGUGAACACGAUAAUUUUUCAAAUAUUAGCCUUUUUAGCCUUUGCCUCACACAUACGCACCAUGUUAUCAGACCCGGGUGCUGUGCCGCGCGGUAAUGCCACCAAGGAAAUGAUCGAGCAAAUGGGUUAUCGUGAGGGACAAAUGAUUUUCAAGUGUCCCAAGUGUUGUAGUAUUAAACCAGAACGUGCACAUCAUUGUUCGGUGUGUCAGCGUUGUAUACGUAAAAUGGAUCAUCAUUGUCCAUGGGUGAAUAAUUGUGUGGGCGAAAAUAAUCAAAAAUUUUUUGUUUUAUUUACGUUUUAUAUAGCUUCCAUCUCAGUGCAUGCCAUAUUUUUGGUCUUAACCUCUUUUGCUGAAUGUGUACGCAAUGAAUGGCGUCAAUGUUCACCCUACUCACCACCAGCCACAAUAUUUCUUUUACUUUUCCUAACAUUUGAAGCUUUAAUGUUUGCCAUCUUUACCAUCAUUAUGUUGGCCACUCAACUAACAGCCAUACUCAAUGAUCAAACGGGCAUUGAACAACUUAAAAAAGAAGAGGCCAGAUGGGCUAAAAAAUCUCGUCUUAAAUCUAUACAAUCAGUUUUUGGACGUUUUUCUUUAGCUUGGUUUUCACCUUUUACUAAACCUGCGGGAAAAACUAGAUUUAAUUCACAUUUUUAUUCAGUGUAAAAAAAAGAGAAAUAAGUGCCUUUCUACAACACUUAAGCAAAAACAAUAUUAAUCAUGAUGAACUUUACCAAAAACAAGAAUAGUUACAUCCGUAAGCAUAUAUAGACAUAUUAAUAUAACUUUUUUUUUGUAUUAUGAUAUCUAUUCUAUCUACAUAUUUUUAAAGAGUUUUUACUGUGCAAUAAUAUUUCCUUCUGUUUUUUUCAUAAACAGCAACAACAACUUUAUGUUGUAUACAGUCAUAUGAUUGAUGAUGUAGAUAAUUAGUGUGUUUUAAAAAAUACCUUUUUGGUUCUAUCUCACUUAUCGAACGAAUGAAAGAAUAAACUUUGAAACAUUUCUGAGUUUUAUCUUUAUACCCUACACCACUGGGGAGGGUAUAUGGGGUUUGUGUUGAUGUUUGUAACUCACAAAAAUAUUGAUCCUAUACCCACCUUAAAGUAUACCAAUCGGCUCAGAGUCAUUUUCUGAGUCGA